AUGUUGUGGAGAAAACAAGCAACUUCUGGUCAUGACGGACGCCGGGGUCGCCUUGGACAUCGUGACAAAGUCCCUGACGUCGACAGUCAACAGCUACUUGCCCGACGAGGAUGGCAGCGUGGCCCGGGUGUUCCAGGCCCNCCCGACGAGGAUGGCAGCGUGGCCCGGGUGUUCCAGGCCCUGGGCCAGCUGUCCCUCGGGGUCGUGUCAGCCGGGCUGGUGGCCAUGGCCGUCAUCUCUGUCAAGGAGUACUUGGCGACCAACGAGCGGGAAUUGCUGGCACUGAAGACCUACGUGAAGAAGCAGUACAAGGUCCUGGGGGAGUUGGAGGACUUCAAGCAGGACCUGAGUGGCGCCUUGGAAAGUCGCGCCAAGGCCCGCCUUCCUCCUCCUCCGAAUGACAAAGUGGGAAUCCUGAUGGAACCCGAAGUGGAGAAUGAAGAAUCAAUCAUUGAUUCGUACAAGCAGGAAAAGUUUCGAAUUCAGCAAACUCUGGAAUCACUGCAAGCCAAAACCAAGAUCUACAAUCAGGGUUGCCAACAACUCGCGGAGCUGGUCAUAAGGAAAAAAGUCCCCUUGGCUGUCUUAAACAUGUAUGUUGCUGAUGCAAAAUCAACCUGCAAAGAAUUGGAUGAAACUAUUUCCUUUGGAGAAGGUCAUUUGAUGAAGCUUCUUAAGCAGAUUAAGACCACUAGAGAAGCUCUCAGCAAGGAUGAACUUGGGAAAUUAACUCCCAGGGAUCUGGAGACUUUUAUUGCUUUGCACCACAACUACUUGACUGACUUGGAACAAGAUGGUGCUUAUGCUUACCUCUUUGCAAAACCCACAGAAUCCUCAGGGCAUCCUGGAAUUUCUUUUGAACUUGAUGAUUACCCCUCUUACUCUGAUGAAGACUUAUUCUGUUGAAUGGGUUCUCCAUGUUUGUCUCUCUUUCUCUAUCUUUUUUUUUGAAGAGGGUAUGCAUCUGUGAAAGACUGAAACUGUGAGACAAU